GGGAGGGGAGCCUGCUGGGGGCGGUGCGUCCAGCUCUGGGCCAGGGGGUCCAAAGUGCUUAGCCCCCGGGGCACAGCAGGACGUUUGGGGGCCUUCCUUCAGCAGGGGACAGCCUGAUUGGGGGCUGUGUGUGACCCCCGAGUGGGGGAAGGCAGGCUGUUGCCAUGGUGGCCUGCGCCGGGCGAAUUCCUCCAGGGUGAAGUGGGAGAUAUUUAUACCCAGGGUCAGGCCGAGAGCGGGCGGCCGGCCGAGGGCAGGAGAGCUGGGAUUUCACAGGACACAGCGAGGCGGCAGAGGGCAGGUGGGACUUGGGCGUGUCCUGCUGUCUUCAUGUGUCUGUCUCUUCGUCUGCCCGAUAAUGGUGUCUCUCAGCUACAUCUUGGUCCUCUGUGUGGGUCUCCUCACCACGGCCAAUGCAGAAGCUCCAAAGGAACACGAUCCAUUCACCUAUGACUACCAAUCCCUGCGGAUCGGAGGCCUCAUCAUCGCGGGGAUCCUCUUCGUGCUGGGCAUCCUCAUCGUGCUCAGCAAAAGAUGCCGGUGCAAAUUCAACCAGCAGCAGAGGACCGGGGAACCUGAUGAAGAGGAGGGAACUUUCCGCAGCUCCAUCCGCCGUCUGUCCAGCCGCAGGCGGUAGAAACACCGGGCGCGACGGAACCCCGCCAGGAUUCCCUCGGCACGUGACGCCUCCCACCCACCACCUGCGCGCCCACCGCCACCUCCAGCGCCCGCGUCCCCGGCUCUGUCCCCCCAGACUCCCCAUGCCGCCCCGACUUCCAAUAAAACGUGCUUUUCUCCCUUGA